AUGGCUUCUUCUUCUUCUGCUUCAUCUGCUUCUUCCAAACGAAAUGUCGAACUCCAAGCUGACCAUCCAUGUAAGUGCAACAUGUCAUCUCGUGUGAAGAUUUCAAGAACACCCAACAAUCCAGGAAGAAAAUUUCGAGUUUGUCAAAAUUCUUUGAGUGCAAGAACUCCAAGAUGUAAUUUCUCGGAAUGGCUGGAAGACGAUGAGUACCAACAACAGAACAGUGAUUUGGGACAUAUCUACAACCUAACAUUCAAGUUUGGAAAUUUGGAAAACGAAAUUAGUUAUUGCAGGAAGAAGUUGGAAGAAGAGAAGAACUCUGAUUUGGUUUUCAGACAAGAAUUGGACAAAGUGAAGUGGAAGUUGUUUACUCAUAAAGCUGCAUUGUUUGUGUUAUUUUUCUUGUAUGUUAAACAUGUAUUUUUAAAGUUUGAUGUGUUCUUUGUAUCCUGUUUGAUGUACUCUUGUUUGAUGUAUUCUUCUUUGAUGUGUUCUGACUAA